CCUUCGGCUGCUCUCUUCGGAUAUUAGGAACCGUGCGAAGCCGCGAAUAGAAGCGCAGGAGACAAGUCGCAGGCGAGGGGCACGCGAUGCUGCUGUCGGGCUUCUCGUGCAGUUCGUCCAUUGCGGCGCUUGCCGAGGGGUGAAGGUCCAAGCUCCCAGACCCCAACCUCGACGUCGUGACCUCGUCCACGAAACUCUCCAAAUCACGGCCAACGCAACUAUGCCCAUCGGACCGUCGCUACCACCGCAUCUGGCGAAGCGCAGCCGCGAAGACGACAAUGACCGCUCGUCCAGCCCCGAAUCCGGCGAGAAGCGGCGCAGAGUUAUUGGCCCGGCUCCCCCGCCGCCGAAUCCCUCACCUCCGCGCGCGGUUGGGCCCUCGCUGCCGCCACAGUCACAGUCGCGAACAAGCAGCCCGGCAAGCGACGUUGGUCCAGCACCUCCGAAGCCCUCCAAGCCAGCGCGCGUGCUAGGGCCCGCUCCUCCACCAGCGCCACUUGACGAACGACCGCCAAACCCUCCCUCAGACGAUUCGGACAGCAGCGACGAUGACUUUGGGCCUCCCCCACCACCUACCGGCGCAGCAUAUGCCUCGUACGACGACGAUGAGAGAACCCCCCCGGCUAAGUCAGCAUUCGACACGGAUCCGAAAUAUACCGAGGAAGCGAAGAAAGUGAAGCGGGAUGACUGGAUGACGAUGCCACCCACGCAAGAUGAUCUCGCUGCACGCAUGGAUCCCACCAAGAUGCGCGCGCGAAAAUUCAACACGGGCAAGGGCGCUGGAGAAACUGGCGGCGGCGGGGGGAUGGGCGUGUGGACGGAGACACCAGAGCAGAAGCUCAAGCGGCUGCAGGAUGAAGCGAUGGGUAUCUCUGCGCCCUCUAACUCAUCCACUUCCAGGAAGGAAUCCCGGCGGAGAAAGGAAGAGGAAGAGAAAGCGCGCAGGAUGAGGGAGAAGAUUGACGCCGCGAGGGGCAAGAGUUUGGUGGAGCAGCACAAGGAGAAGGGCGAGAAGGAGAAGGAGGACGACCCGAGUGCGCGCUUUUUUGACUACGAGAAGGACAUGGCCGUGGGCACCAAGAUCUCGCACAAGCAGAAGCGGGAGAUGCUGAGCAAGGCCAAAGGUUUCGGCGACAGGUUUUCGAGCGGUAGCUAUCUUUGAGCAGGCUCUGAAUAUCAGACUAGUAUCCUGAGCAUCUGCCAGGCAGGUUCUCAUGGUUUGGAGUUUGGCAUCACCUGCAUGCAUGAACCCGUGGGUCUACUAGCUCCUACUAUGCUAGGGCG